GGGUCACAAGGAGGGCAUAUUUGGCAUUUCUGUCUGGUUUAUGAAUUUGCACAUAUGCAGAAGCAGAGGUUUUCAAAUAUUUAGAUUGCUGUGUGCAGCUGCAUUUCUCAUCUUCUGGAAGCGUUCACGCAGCAGCACAAUGUGAAAGUUGCGAGAAGGAUUUGACACUACCAUACAGAUUCAUGUUGAAGUCACUAGUACAGUGGUACAGGCCACGUUGCCAGGAUCAUCAGUGAUGACCAGUCCCCCUCAUCGUAUCCAGAUAAUCUCUACAGACUCUCCUGUGUCUUCCCCUCAAAGGUUCCAGAUUGUAACCGAUCAACAAACAGGCCAGAAAAUCCAGAUCGUCACAGCUUUGGAUCCUUCUACAUCUUCCAAACAGUUUAUUUUGACCACUCCAGAUGGAACAGGUGCAGGAAAGGUGAUAUUGGCUGGCGGAGACAGUCCAGUCCAAGGAAAGCUUAUUCUUACGACACCAGAUAGCUCCAGUCCUAAACAGCUCAUUCUUACCACUACAGAUGGUAUUGUGCCACAAAGAUUUCAGGUGGAAUAUUUGAACAGAAUAGCAACUCCAGCUUGUGUUUAUAUUGCACCUUUGAGGGCACCAUCUCAAAAUGCUUUGUGGAGAAGGUGCUGGACACCGAGAAGGGAGGUGACUGGAGGCUCGAUCGAAGAGAUUGUAACGGAUGCAGCUGCUGUAGAACGUCUGCUGGUAAAAUCUGAAGUCCAGCGAUCGCAGCCUGUAGAAUAUUGUGUUGUGUGUGGAGACAAAGCAUCAGGACGGCACUAUGGUGCAGUCAGCUGUGAGGGAUGUAAAGGAUUCUUCAAACGAAGUGUGAGGAAAAACCUGACCUACAGCUGUCGUAGCAGUCAAGACUGUGUGAUCAAUAAGCACCAUCGCAACCGCUGCCAGUUCUGCCGGCUUCGGAAAUGUUUGGAGAUGGGCAUGAAGAUGGAAUCUUCUCAGGCAGGACAAGGAGAGAUCAUCGUCAGACGCUGGAAUCCAGCUGUUCAGUGUGAGAGGAAACCAAUCGAGGCACAACGGGAGAAACCAGCAAACUGUGCAGCUUCAACAGAAAAAAUCUACAUCCGGAAAGACCUAAGGAGCCCUCUUACAGCCAUGCCAACUUUUGUUGCAGAAAAAGACAGUGCAAGGCAGUCAGGUCUGUUUGAAUCCGGAGCGCUAGUGAACAUUCAGCAGCCAUUAAUUCGGACAGAUAGUGGUACUGUUGUGUUGGCUACAGACCCUAAGGCUGAAACUAGCCAGGGUGAUUUGGGUACACUGGCUAAUGUUGUCACCUCCCUUGCAAACCUGAGCAAGGUCAAAGAGGAUUCACAGAGCUUAAGUGACCUUUCCACAAUUGAAGCACUUAAUAAUGGAGAUGCCACAGUCACGGAACUGCAGCAAGCGGACCAGUCUACUAGUGAGAUUACACGGGCAUUUGACACUUUGGCAAAAGCACUUAGCCCUACAGACGGCAGCACAGGACAAACCCUGGCCGAAAGUAUGGAUCCUCUCGGUACAGGCAACAUUCAGCUGAUCAGCAGAGACCAAUCUAUGCCAAUAAUCGAGGUGGAAGGACCUUUACUUACAGACACUCAUGUGACAUUCAAGCUAACCAUGCCUAGUCCAAUGCCAGAAUACCUAAAUGUACAUUACAUCUGCGAAUCUGCAUCCAGGCUGCUCUUUCUCUCCAUGCACUGGGCGAGAUCUAUCCCAGCAUUCCAGGCCCUAGGUCAAGACUGUAACACUAGUCUGGUGCGUGCCUGUUGGAAUGAGCUGUUCACUCUAGCUCUGGCACAGUGUGCUCAGGUGAUGAACCUCUCCACCAUUCUGACUGCAAUUGUGAACCACCUACAGACCAGCCUACAACAAGAGCCCACGUCUCCAGAUGGAGUUGUAACGUCGUUGGAGGAGCCCGUCGGGAGGAAGCAGCAUGAAGGAGCCGGAACAGACAAGCUCUCGGCGGACAGGGUGAAGGUGGUAAUGGAGCAUAUCUGGAAACUCCAGGAGUUCUGUAACAGCAUGGCCAAAUUGGACAUCGACGGUUUUGAGUACGCUUACCUCAAAGCCAUUGCCCUCUUCAGUCCUGAUCACCCAGGACUGAACAAUACAAGUCAAAUUGAAAAGUUCCAAGAGAAAGCCCAGAUGGAGUUACAAGACUAUGUGCAAAAAACAUACCCUGAUGACACAUACAGACUUGCACGGAUCCUUCUGCGGCUCCCAGCACUUAGAUUGAUGAAUUCCAGCAUCACAGAGGAACUCUUCUUUACCGGCCUGAUUGGAAAUGUUCAGAUUGAUAGCAUAAUUCCUUACAUCCUUCGAAUGGAGACUGCAGAGUACAACAGCCAAAUCAUUGGCACAUCUGCAUGAUGCACUCAGAUAAGAGGUUACAAGCCCACUCUUUUUCCUAAUCCCGGCCAUAAUCCUGCUUUGCACCUGGAAGGAGGAGGAAAUUAAAACAUUGAUUUACCAUCAUUCAGAACUGAAAAGAGUUGCUUUGUAAAAAAAAAAACUUUGGUUAACAGCACAAUGUUUUCUCGCGAAUGUGCUACCUGUUGUAAGACCAUUACCUUUCUCACAACUAGAACGUGUUGUCUUUAUUUCUGGCAUCUAAUUCCUGUCUCUGUGCGUCUCAUCCAUUCACAUCUCUCGUCACUCGCUGCCAUGACAAUCAAACGCUGUAUUAGAGAUCUGCUUUUUGGUGUUUAUAAUUAGAAUGCAAAAAUGCACUCCUGAGAUUUAAAAACAUAAAUAAAAAGGAUGUUAUUUUUAUGCAUUUUCUUCCUAGAAAAGAAAAUGAUGUGUAAGAUUUAGAAGGUGUGGAUUUGUAACAUUCUGCAUAGCAGUGUUGCUAGGCAGAGUGCUGUGAAUAGGUAGGCUGCAAGCAUUUGUGUAUUAUAGUAAAUAACUACUGUACUUUUUAGAUUGAUGGUGUCAGUCUGCUGGUUUAAAAACAAAAAUAAUUCUAGGUUUCAAAAACCUUAAACACUGUUGCUUUGUUGACUUUUUUUGUUGUGAAAUCAGCUUUGUACAUGUGAUUUCAUGAAAAACGAGCGCAUGUUCCUUUUUUAUAUCAAAAUUUUAUAUCUAACCAGUGUCUUUAAUCAUGAAGAGAAGCUGCAUUGUUGUUUUUGUAUAUAGAGCAUAGCAAUGCAUGGAGGUGCUUAUGCAUUUCAUUAAAUGCUGUCUGGAUGUCGCAUCCCGCUUUGUUGCAAAGUACUCCUGCCUGAGAAAGGUUUAUAAUAUUAAAGUGGAACAUUUCCUUAAAACGCAGCUCUCCUUUUAAUGGACCCUGUUUUUAUUUGAAAAUUGUUUCUUCUGUUUCCAUCAUACUUGGAUUCUGCGCUCUGAAGAGGGAAUCGGACUCGCGACUGUCAGGUUACUUUGGCAAUAUUUUUGGCGAUUGUCUAAACCAGGAUAUUUGGAAAUGAAUUUCUUGUUCUGUGAAAGUUGUGGCAAGAGAAAAUCAAUUGUGUAUAGUUAUUUUACUUUUUAAAAAUACACUUUCAAAAGAUGUCUGACA